AUGAUGAUAUUGUUUUUGUUUGCGAUUUUGAUAGCCUUCGUGCAUUGUGACAUAAGGGACGACCACGAGAUUAAGUCGUUGCCCGGGCUGACUGUCACUCCGAAGUUCAAACAAUACGCCGGGUAUCUGAAUGUGUCGACCACAAGGAAAUUGUCGUAUUGGUAGGAAGAACUUGCAAGGAACAGAGAUAAUACAAGUUUGUUUCACUUUAGGCUUGUUGAAUCACAAAAUAACACCGACAAUGAUCCACUGCUCUUGUGGUAAGGAUGGCACGACAAGGCCUCUUUGUUGACCACAUGUUCUGAUAGUAUAUUUUUCUAGGUUAAAUGGUGGUCCCGGUUGUUCGUCAUUCUUCGGAACAAUCGUUGAGAACGGACCAUUCCGACUGGAUCCUGGAGACGAUGUUGAACUCGUCUUAAAAGAGAAUCCUCACGCCUAUAACACAGUAAGUCAGCUGCGUUUUCUCUAGCCCUUUUCCUUACAGUUUGCCAAUGUUCUCUAUUUGGAAAGUCCCGCAGGUGUUGGAUUUUCCGUUAAUGAGAAUCCCGACUUUGCAAAUGAUGAUAAUACUGUAAGUCGGUCAUACUAUAGCAUCAAGCCCAAAAUUCGCCGUUUGCAGACAGCCAUUGACAACCUGACAUUCCUCAAGGCGUUCCUGGAAGUUCACACAAACUUCAAAGGAAGAGAUUUCUAUAUUUCCGGCUUUAGCUAUGCUGGAGCUUAUGUUCCAACACUCGCGGAGAAGGUGCUUGAAGCGGGAGAUUCCUUGGCAUUGAAGUUGAAGGUAAAUCGUAUCCUUACAGCAAUGCACGUCAAACUGAGAUAAGCUAAAACAGUCCAGUGAAUGGAUUGGCAAUUUGCCAAAAAAAGACGCGAAAAAACGUUUUGUCGGGGAAGAAAUGGGGAAUUUUUGGGGCGAGAGAGCAUGUUUUUGCGUGUCUUUUUUCUCUCUUUCUCUGCGAAAUCAAGACGAAGUGUAAAAAACCGAUAGCGAAGGGUCUAUUCCGGUCACCGGACUCCUCAGUUUGACGUGCAAUGUUUCUUAUACAUAGUUAAACACGCAAAACAAAAUUUUUUCAGGGUUUAGCGAUGGGUAAUGCCGUGACGAAGAACAAGUGGCUAGAUAAGUUCUCCCUCCCGGCUUACGCUUUCCAUGGCCUCAGAGGUUCUUUGGAACUUGGCGAAUGGAUGAAGAAUUAUUGCCCGACAGGCUUUGAUAACUAUUGCGGAGAUGAAAUUGAAAAUGCGCCUCAUGUUAAAGACGAUGGUGUUAACGAAUACGAUAUUAGUCAAAAAUGUGGAAGCGACUUGGCCUGCGCUGGGAACGGAAUGAACCAUUACUUCAACCAGCCGGAGGUGAAAAAGGCGCUGCAUUUUGAUGACAAACCAUGGGUAUAUUGCGGGUAAAUGAUAUAUGUGAAAUUUGGACUAUAGAAAUUUAUUGUAGUAGUAUCUCAUACACUGAAUUUUAUGAUAUGGAACCAAUUGUUCGUGGAAUUUUGGACAAAAAGAUCAAGGUUUUGUAUUUUUAUGGCAAUCUGGGUAGGUCAAGGGGCAUAUGCCCAAUUUUAUGCGAGAAUUCAAAAACAUUCCAGACACCGUUUGCCCAUUCAUCGAGGGAGAUCUGUUUACUCGAAAGAUUGGUGAAGUGGGAGUGGAGGGUCAUUGGUUUGUCGAUGGGAAUUAUGCUGGCACAAAGACGGUCUACCCAAACAACCUGAUAUUUACAACAAUCGCUGGGGCUGGCCAUCCAACGGCUUUGGGCAAACCAAAGCAGAUGGCUAAUGUUCUGCGGAAAUUCAUCAACGAUAUCAGUGAUUGGAAUGAGUAA